UAUUACACGUUCGAAAGAAUAUUUCUUUCUUAUUGGUGUGAGAAAUAAAAAUUAAUAAAAAGAUGCACAGCGACAAUAUCAGUGUCCGAAAUGUAUAAAGAGCUACACGAUGCCGUGUAACCUUCGAAGGCAUAUGAAGAACCAGUGUGGGUCAUUGAAGAAGUAUAAAUGCCCCUACUGCAAGCUAGAAUCAAAAAUGAAGUACGACAUGAAGAAGCAUGUAUCGAGGAUGCAUCCUGAAUCUAUUGAAGAGUUCUGUAGGUUGUACAAGUCUACAUUGUAUAAGGAUCAGUGUGCCAAGUAAAACAAAUAAAUCCAAUUUUAUUUAUAUAAAUGCGAAA